UGUAAACCGUAGCUCCGUCUUCGGACCAAAUUGCAGCACACACGCGACUGUCGACCCUGAGCUUUCAUCGAUGUGUUGGCUGGUCGAGCUUUCUCGCACAAGGCCGCAAUAUCACCGCUGCCUAAACGCAGGAGCGCGCCCUAGCGUCUCUCUGAGCUCAGUAAGCUCGCAGUACAUUGUCGAGGCCUCUCAGACACUGCGUCCAAAUAUUGCCUUUGCCCACAGGGCUCCGUGAUCCCGGUCGUCUACACCCCGGCUUGCGUCUUGACUCUCUCUGUCUUCUCUUUACCCCUUCUUUGACGGGUCGAGAUCGCUGAUCGUCGCCGAUGGACCUGGGUACAGAAGCCAUCGAAGUGGCUAUGAAGCACGCGGAGUCGUCGGGAAGCUCCCUCAUCAUCUCUCCUUGAUGACUGCUCCAACCAUCUCUUCUUCAUCCUUGUUCACACAACAAAGGCCCUCCUUCACCCCUUAUUCUGCCUUGCGGCGUUCGGCGUCUCCGACACCUGCCGACGUUGCCUCUCUCAUGCUCAUGGAGGAGACGUCGGCAGCUGCCCAAUACAAGGCAGAACGUCGACGUCGCCAGGUUAGAGAGGCUCAAGCUCGUUUCCGAGACCGCAAAGACCGUGAGCUCGAAGAGGCACGCCUUCAGGCAGAAUCACUCUCUUUGCAGCUUCAUCGAUCGCGUCAAGAGAAUGUAUCUCUACGCGCUCGUUUGAGUCGUUACGAGACCGUGGAAGAUGCUGUUGGCGGCAGCGGCAGCGGCGGCGUCGAAUCGUCAGAUCGACCACUACGGCUCCACGUCCGAUCGGAUUCUCAAUUGACUUCGCCGACACUUGACCAAGCUAGGCCCUCGACUCAGCACGGCGGUUCCACUGCCAUUGCUAGUGGUCUUGCUGGGUGCAGCCUGGCUGGAGGCGACCGGAUGUCGUACCACGGUGCUGGUCACUUCUCAGGGUCGGGAAGUAGCCAAUUGGAGGCGUUUGGUCUCCCAAUGCUCAACGAGACGACCUUGUCUGAAGGGUCGACGAGAUCGACGUCGAGCUCAUCGUCGUCGUGGACGCACCGAUACGGAGUCCCCAGGUCGGCCGGACCUCCUAGUCACCGACAGCACAGCUUACCGGAUUCGAUGUCAAGUCGACCGUACAGCUCACUCGAAUCGCAUACCCCAUACGCUGGACCGGGCGAGAACAUGGCUUUGCGCAUGGGCUCAAUAGACACUGCAAGGUUUACGCCCCUGGACCAGACCGCCUCGUCAUCAGAUGGAAUGCUACCUGAUCAUCUGACCAAGGCGACUCCUUUGAAUGACAUGCGUUGGGCGGCGGAGGAGACGACUGCGCAGUACGACCGACAGACUGCAAGAGGAGCACAUACCGGUUCUUCACAAGGGGCCCCAUUGAUGGGAAUGCCCGUCAGGCCUGUCCAGCACCAGCAGCAGCAGCACCAGCACCAGCAGCGGCGAGCAGACGAAGUGCAGGCAUGGCGCCCGGAUACGCUCCAGCAUGUAGCGUCGCAUCAACCAUCGUUCGUAUACCAACCACUCUCGCUGGAACAACCAGGCGUUUCGACAGGCAUGCCAUCUCAGCCAUCUUCAACGAGGGGCUCCAGCCAACAGCCGCAUUCGCCAAUGGACGCCGUAAACCUGUGGCAAAGGCAAGACAAGCGUCGCUCGUAGCGGAACGCGAUGCUGUGAGACAUUGCAUCCAGACAGCAAUAUUUAGCUGGGCACGCACUGAGAAAUGUGGCCCGCUAGACGCUGGAUGGCUUGACAGGUUGUUGAGCUGGGCAGUAGCAAUGUCGACGGGGCACAGUGGCGGGCGGGCGGACUGGGACGUGAGGCUAGUGACGUGAUCAAAGAUGACUGGGAUUGGAGACACACCCACUGAUAGUCUAUGUGAGCUGAUUCUGUUAAUAUUCAUGCGCUGUAAUACCAUGCGGUCUCGAGUG